ACAUUAUCUUUGAAAUGGCUGAGUAGUAUAAUGGCGAAUUGUGCUUGUUUAUGAAUGUUAUUUAAUGUUUGUUAAAGGAGAAAAAGUGCAUUAGUGUUGUUAUUUGGUUAGAGAAACUGAAGCUGAAUAACAAUAUACAGAACUUAUAUCACGUACGUGUAGUUGGCUACCGUUUAUAGAAAUGGUAGCGUCUUCUAAACGUAUUUCCAAACGCGCCGAUGUUGGGGGAGAGGAUAAAGCAAGUGUAAACUGUGCAAUCGGUUUUGUAUAAUAUUGAUCUUUUGCAGUCUGAAAGGUAUAAAUUUCAUGACUCCCUCAUGGAAACAGGAAGAGAACUCUUACGCAGAAUGUGCUUUGGGGAUUAAAUUCGACCUGUUUCAGAUAACCUUCUGGCGUCGAAAUGGAUAUACCAUUGCCAGGAGAAUCGGACCCAGCUCCGAUAUUACCAUCGAGUCCACCCCCAGUUGUUUCAACGCCAGCAUUCAACAUUCCGUUGCCUACCUGUGGUAUGCAGUUCAACGCGUCAAUUCCUCCACCAUUACCAUUGCCUCCAAUGAACAAACCACCCCCCUCUUUGCUGGGUGUUCCUUUACCACCGCCGCCGUUGCCGUCCGGUCCACCACCGUCUCUGCCUCCCCCAGAUCAAGAAGAUCCCAACAAGUAUUCUCCAAGUCGUGCCACGACGGAUGACGACUUUCCGAUCCUUCCCCCACUGCCAAAGGAUCCGCCCCCUCCAUUGCUGGCACCGGGAGGUGGGAAGACCACGUCGCGUGCCACCGUACUCGGCAAAGCUCAGGCGAAGAAGCGCCUCCUGGCCUUCUCAAUGACAAAGCAGGGCGGCGGAGCGGGCCUGUCAUUUGGGUUCGCGCGCAAAGCUGCAACGCGGGUCUCCUCCUCGGCACCUGCGAAGGCAUUCGGUCCUGGCGGCGAGGAGGGAGUAGAUGCUGGUGGAGCAUCUACUGGUGGCGGCAGGAGUGGCCACAUGUCUGCUGCGGAUGGGCCGCCUGUGGAGCGCAGAGAGAAGAGAGGGAAAAAGAAGGUGUCGACACGGGAGGACAGGGCUAAAGCGGUGGUGUCCGCUAUUGAAGAGAUCAAGCGAGAGGAGCUGAUGAUGCGCGGGCUGGCAUUCGGGGGACUGGGUGUACAGCCUCUCCUGAGUUCCCAGAUGGCCAACACUGGUCCACUGCCUCUGCUGGAGAAGCCAAUACUUCCGCCGAUAGCUGAACCAAGGAAAGAGCCAGAGUUGAACAGACAGAUACCUCUUUCGAGGGAGCAGAAAGGUGCCAUUAAUUCGAUGGUGGACAGCCUUCUGAUAGCACAGGACUCCCUGAAGACUCCUGCAGAGGGUGGGUCAGGCAGCCACGAGAAGCGACCUUCGGAGAAAAGUCAGCGUCAGCACAGUCGAUCGAGUCGCCAUGCUGAACGGGAAGAGAGACGGAGCUCAAAGGAACGUGAACGCGAGAGAGAGCGGAAACGUGAGAGUCGACGGUCGAGUCGCCGUCGGUCUUCACGACAUGGUGAUGAGCUGCCGUCCGACUGGAAAGAAUUUCAUGCCGGCGGAUACCGGAUUGACGAGAUGCGGAGACUAAAGCUGAAGUUGGAGCGCACCAAAGUGACGGGAGCCCCGGCAGGUUCUCGUGACCAUCACAGCCGGCGCCGCCGAUCGAGCGUUGAACGAUAAACGAGGCAAGUGCACGAGAGCAGCUGUGCUGUUCGAGAGACAAAGAGAGAAAGCAUAUCAUUUCUGAGCUCCGAUGUCCGAUUCUAGUCUCGGGGGUCUCAGAAGAUUCUGUACACGGACCACCAGCACUGGCAUGCUGCAGGAGAUUGCUUUUCCACAAAUGGAAACACUGAUUUUUUUGUUGAGAGUUACAGACACACUUAUUGACAAUCUAUUGUAAAAAUAAAGAAAAAUAAAUUUUUAUACUUUUUGUUAUAA